AUGACUUAUGAUCACUCAAAACUUGUACAAGAGUUACAACAAGAAGAGGUUAAGGCCGUAAACUUUCAACGUACUUUCUCGAUCAAGCCGCGCCAUGAGAUCAUCCAAUUUUGCAAGAAAGGAAAGUUAUCACCUCGCUACAUUGGCCCGUUUGAAACCUUGGAGCGAAUUGGAGAAAUAGCCGAUCGCCUAACUUUACCGCCGCAGAUCGCCAAAGUGCAUAACGUCUUCCACGUUUCUAUGCUACGAAAAUACGUAGCUCGUCCCACUCAUGUGCUCAAUUGGGAGGAAGUCACUCCGGAUGAGGAUACGACUUUUGAAGAGUAG